AUGGAGAGCCACGACUCCUUGUCGGGUUGCCGAGGCCGUCACUCGCCCGAGCGCGCCCCUCGAGUCGACGGGGAGCGAGCGGACGAGCCCGCGCGGGUGCGGAGGAUGCCCUACGUCAGCAACGGCUCGGUGGUCGACCGGCGCACGGUAUGGCGUCCGAGCAUACUCGCGGACAUGUUCUGGAGCGUCGUGAACCUCAUCGUCGCGUUUUUCCAAACGAUGAUCGACCCCGAGUUCGCGGAUAACUACGGAGGGAAGAAGCGCGACAGGCCCGUCGGGGGCCUGGGCGGCGGCGGAGGAGGAGGAGGCAUGGGAGGAGGAGGAGGAGGCGGAAGGGGGUUCGGGAGCAACAUCCACGGCACGGGGCGGAUCCGGGGGAUGGAUCACUCGGCGCCGAUGGCGGGCGGAUGAGGACGAUAGGCGUCCGUCGCACCGUUCGGGGUAAAUGCCGUUCGCCACGCUGGUUGCAUUCGCGUUCACCAGACAAGCACCUGGUAGGCCUUAAUCUUGACGCUUUCCAUCGGUGACUUUUCCUCAAUCGCUCGCUUCCUCUGCGAGAGGCGCGGCGGUUGAAUUGAUCUCACUGCAAGUCCACGAUGGAAAGCGUCGUCGCUACCCAGGUGUUCAUGUCGACAUCGGUGAACGCGAAUGCACCCGUCGAAGCCGCAUUUAUCCCGGGCAGGAGCGCGGACGCGUCGUCGCAUCCGAUCCACCACCAACCAACCACCCGCGGCUGACGUACACUCAUCACCCGUCCCAUUCUCCUCUUCGGCUCUUUCGUGACGCGACCCCGCGGUAAACGUACCCCUCCCACGCGUGGGGGGAACCCGGGGACGCCGAUGUAACACGGAGCCGACGCGGCGGUCAGGCGCGAGGGCGAACGAAGCCCCGCGUCCCACCGCCGGCGACGAGGAAAGGGUCGGGCAGCCGUGCGCAUUCAUUUAGGAAAAAAAGUUUAUGAAUGUCGUCCCACUCACAUUGCGUCGAUCGCUAA